AUGCUCGGCUCCACUGUCACCUUUGCCAACGGCUCGGGCAUACCGCCCAUUGUCAACCAGUGCGCCGGCUGCUCGACCACGGACCGUGUCUCGACAAUCACCCUCGCCGGCGGCGAGGGUAUCGUCGAGUUCAACGUUGACUCCGAUAAGGACCGCCGCUGCAUCCGCGCCUUCCUUUUCAACACGACCGCCGGCCGCCAGCUCCGCUGCGGCACGCCCGCGAGCGUCAAGUGCGCGCCCGGCCCACCGCGGCAGAUCCGCUGCAAGGCGGGAUCGGCGCCGAGCUGCAUCAAGAAGGCGGUCAAGCCAAACACCCCCACCGCCUACCUCUGCGACAUCAACCGCUUCCGCUGCGUCACCCAGCGCGGCCUCAAGAAGUCGGCCGUCGCCGCCGACGGCACCGCGCUCUCGCCCUCCCUGACCGCCCAGCAAGUCAUUGCGGCCGGCGACCCCACGGGUGGUGCCGCGGACUCCCCAUUGGCCCACCGCCGGCUGCUCGCCACCAACAGCAGCGGCAGCACAGGCAAGGUGGUGUACGGCCUCAAGGCGACCUGUGGCUACAGGAACUGCCCCGUCGACCCGUCCGCGAUCAAGUGGACCUGCACCAACAAGUGCACGGCCCCCAACAGCAUCACGCCGCUUGCAGGCAGCUGCUCGACCGGUCUGCCCUAUGAGAUCCGGUACAGCACCGGCGGCAGUACCGCCAGCAUCUCCUCUGUCGCGUGCCCCGCCGACAGCACAACAGCACUCGCGAUCAACGCGUCCCUUGUCCUGCCGGCCGGCACGCCGUCGUACUGCGGCAGCAGCACGCGCUUUACUGUGACGUCCAUCAACCAGCCCAACAACCAGACCGGGGAAGACACUUUUUUUGCUUCGCCCUGA